AUGUUAUUUGAGCCGGGUCAGCAGGCCCUGGAACUUCCUGAGUGCACGAUGCAGAAGGCUGCUUACUAUGAAAACCCAGGACUCUUCGGAGGCUAUGGCUACAGCAAAGCCACUGACACUUACGGCUACGGCACCCCCCAUCAGCCUUACCCACCCCCUGCUGCUGCCAACUCCCUGGACACUGAUUACCCGGGCUCCGCCUGUUCCAUCCAGAGUUCGGUACCUCUGAGAGCCCCAGCCCACAAAGGAACUGAACUCAAUGGCAGCUGUAUGCGGCCUGGCACUGGGAACAGCCAGGGUGGGGGUGGUGGCAGCCAGCCUCCCGGCCUGAACUCAGAGCAGCAGCCACCACAGCCCCCUCCUCCACCACCACCCCUGCCCCCAUCCUCGCCCACCAAUCCUGGAGGUGGAAUGCCUGCCAAGAAGGCCAAGGGUGGGCCCAAUGCUUCUGGCUCCUCAGCCACCAUCAGCAAGCAGAUCUUCCCUUGGAUGAAAGAGUCCCGACAGAACUCCAAGCAGAAGAACAGCUGUACCACUGCAGGAGAGAGCUGCGAGGAUAAGAGCCCGCCGGGCCCGGCGUCCAAGCGGGUGCGCACGGCCUACACGAGCGCACAGCUGGUGGAGCUGGAGAAGGAAUUCCACUUCAACCGCUACUUGUGCCGGCCACGCCGCGUGGAGAUGGCCAACCUGCUGAACCUCACCGAGCGCCAGAUCAAGAUCUGGUUCCAGAACCGGCGCAUGAAGUACAAGAAGGACCAGAAGGCCAAGGGCAUCCUGCACUCGCCGGCGGGUCAGUCCCCGGAGCGCAGCCCGCCGCUGGGCAGCGCCGCCGGCCACGUGGCCUACUCCGGCCAGCUGCCGCCCGUGCCCGGCCUGGCCUACGACGCGCCCUCGCCGCCCGCCUUCGCCAAAUCUCAGCCCAACAUGUACGGCCUGGCCGCCUACACGGCGCCGCUCAGCAGCUGCCUGCCGCAGCAGAAGCGCUACGCGGCGCCCGAGUUCGAGCCCCACCCCAUGGCAAGCAACGGCGGCGGCUUCGCCAGCGCCAACCUGCAGGGCAGCCCGGUGUACGUGGGUGGCAACUUCGUCGACUCCAUGGCGCCCGCGUCCGGGCCCGUCUUCAACCUGGGCCACCUCUCGCACCCGUCUUCGGCCAGCGUGGACUACAGCUGCGCCGCGCAGAUUCCCGGCAACCACCACCAUGGACCGUGCGACCCUCAUCCCACCUACACAGAUCUCUCGGCCCACCACUCGUCUCAGGGACGCCUGCCCGAGGCCCCCAAACUGACGCAUCUGUAG